AUGGUGCGUGCGGAUGAUGAUGUUGUUUGCAAAACGAAUACUUUUUGGCUUGACCUUGAAAACAAGUGGUACUUGUGCACAGAGCUCAAAUCUAUUGUUCAUAACCAACCUCGACGUCAAUUCCAAGCUGAAGGCCCUUUGCAGAAUAACGCUACCGUCGCCCUCGACCCGCCACCGAUGAAGAGACGUCGAUCAACUGACGUGCCUGACGAUGCCGCCCCCCGUCGUCGAAGCCUGCGGAUUUUGAAUCAACAAAAAGGAGAGGAGGCCGACCAGCCGCCAGCGGCCGCCGAGCAGGGUAUGAGAAGGAAGAGCAGAGACAGAUUCAAUCGGAAAGAGGUUAACGUCGCGCCGGCCGAUAUGGUGGCCGAGGAGAAGCAGGAGGAGCCGAAGCGCGAGCAGCCGCCACCUACCCUCUUGGCCCGUGGCAUCUUUCCCAUCGUUGAGGAAGAUGAGGACGAUGAGCAAGAACCGGGACCUUCGUGGCGCGCUCAGAUUGCCGCUCGACAGGCCGCGGCCGCGGCCUCCGGUGGGCACGUCAGCAGCUCGAUGAGUGGAAGUUCGCGCAAUGCUGCCAGGCAGCGCGCCGAUGACCCACAUGUCGGAAAAUAUAAGCUGCUCAAGACGAUAGGCAAAGGAAACUUUGCCAAGGUCAAGCUUGCAAAACACUCGCAGACGGGUCUCGAGGUCGCGAUUAAGAUCAUCGACAAGACAGCCUUGAACCCAAGCAGUUUGCAAAAAUUGUUUCGUGAAGUGAAAAUUAUGAAGCAACUUGACCACCCAAAUAUUGUCAAGCUUUUUCAAGUCAUCGAGACAGAGACUACGCUGUACUUAGUGAUGGAAUACGCAAGCGGGGGCGAGGUAUUCGAUUACCUUGUUGCCCACGGCCGCAUGAAGGAGAAGGAAGCCCCAAUAAUUUCUCCGUUGGAAACCAGCUGGACACAUUUUGUGGUUCACGGCCAUACGCUGCGCCAGAGCUGUAGAACUAUCAUGUUAUACUACAUCAAUGGCGUGGGGCCCCACCAACAAGCCGACCGCUGGAACAGCUACAUCCGGUGUCCAGAUGCGCUCAACAACAUCGACUCGCGGGCCAGUGUUGUCGAUGCAGCCUGCACCCCAAAGCACUACAACAAAACCGGCUCAAACGACUGUUGGGAGUGUUGUCAGCAGUUCGAAGAGACAAUCAACUGGUCGAGUGCCAUUGAUGACUCUUGCUGGACGGGUUAUUCCGGCGUCACAUCACAGAGAUCCGUUGACGAAUGGCUCAUCUUCUGCUCGCAGUUCAUCGUCAACUGCACUCCUGCUGUCCCGCAAGCUGCACAACUUGCUCAUAAGAUGAUACCGCCACCUGUGACUGGACUACAGAUUCCCUCGCACGAAUCCACACCAAUGCGUGGAGAUACGCCGACGGAGCUUGCUAAUCAACCGCCGAAAGACACGUCUGCCCCUCUGCCCAACCCGCCGCACGAUGUCGAACAGCACAACCGACGACUGGAACAGCUACAUCCUGUGUCCAGAUGUGCUCAACAACAGCGACUCGCGUUCCAGCGUUGUCGAUGCAGCCUCCACCCCAAAGCACUACAACAAAACCAGUUCGAAAAGACAAUCAACGGAUCGAGUGCCAUUGAAGACUUUUGCUGGACGGGUCGUUCCGGCUUCACAUCACAGAGACCCGUUGACGAAUGGCUCAUCUUCCGCUCAAAGCUCAGCGUCGACUGGCCCAACUUCGGCAAUGUUUAUAGCGAAGCUAACACCACCCAUUUCCGACAC